AGGUAAAUGCUUUACCAACAUAUGUAGUGUAGUAAAAAAAAUGGAAUUUAACUCUUUCAUGCUUACUUUAACUAGUUAUUUUGGUUUUCUACUGGCUGCUUUAACUAUAACCCCAGCUCUAUUUAUUGGCUUGAACAAGAUACGCCUUAUUUGAAUUGACUGAAUAAUUAUAAUUCAGAAAAGAAAAAUCUUUCUUUGGGAUUCCUGGCAUUCUACGACUCUUUUCCAGACUAAUUAGGAAUUCUUUUCUUGGUCAUUGAGAUUCGUGGAUAAUUUAGAGUACUAUUUAGGGAUAGAUCAUACCUCUUUUUUUAUCCCCUGAACAAAUCGAAAUGAUUGAAGUUUUUCUAUUUGGAAUCGUCUUAGGCCUAAUUCCUAUUACUUUAGCGGGAUUAUUCGUGACUGCGUAUUUGCAAUACAGGCGUGGGGAUCAGUUGGAUCUUUGAUUGAGUCAUUUUUUUUUGAUUGACCUCCUCCAGACCAGAGAGGAGGUCAAAUUGAAAUUGGAGUUACAAUUCAAUUUUGUUAAGUUAUUUUACUCUGCUUCGACAUAAGAUAGAUGGAAUCACGCUCUGUAGGAUUUGAACCUACGACAUCGGGUUUUGGAGACCCGCGUUCUACCGAACUGAACUAAGAGCGCUUUCAUUCAUUCAAAAAGAAAAUCUUUUUCUAUUCCUAAUGUAUCUCACGUACGUAUAGUCUCCACAAAUUCAAGUUAUACCCACUUUACUUUAAUUGAUCUCGUCGCUACUGCCUAUAAAGAAGAAAGAAGUAAUAGGUAGGGAUGACAGGAUUUGAACCUGUGACAUUUUGUACCCAAAACAAACGCGCUACCAAGCUGCGCUACAUCCCUUUUCCAAAUUAAAUUGUUGUACAAUGCCAUUGUACACAAUUCCUGUCUUCUUUUCCACAUCAUAAUUUUCUUGUUCUUUCUAUUUUCUUCUUCUUUCUUUCUCUAUCUAUAUAUAGAACCCUCGUGUCAUUUCUUCUUUUUGGUCUCAUAUAAUUAAGGAAUUAUAUACAUAUAAAAUCCAAUAUAAUUUCGCCUAUAAAAGAAGGAUUACUUUUCCUUGGUAAUAUAUAGGAAGAAGGGGUCAUCUUUUUCUUUUUUAGGGAUAGGAAAAUUUCGUCGAUAUGGUUCAUUUUAUAUAUAGCAUAACAAUCUUGGGCAAGAGUUUAUGAUCAUAUAUGUAUUCCAACAAGGAAGGAGGAUUUUCAAUGCGGGAUAUAAAAACAUAUCUCUCUGUAGCACCCGUGCUAAGUACUCUAUGGUUUGGUGCUUUAGCAGGUUUAUUGAUAGAAAUUAAUCGUUUAUUCCCAGAUGCUUUGUCAUUCCCUUUUUUUUAAUUCUAGUUAUUGCUAUGGAAGGGAUAGAUUUCUUCGUGAUAUGACAAAAUUUGAUCCUUUUCAAUCUUUUUUUAGUAUCGGAAGGAAAAAGAAAGAAAAGAUGGAUUGGGUUGAACCUCAGAGUCAUUAAAAAUUUGGUAAACCCCAUUUUUGAAAAUAGAAAUUCAAUUUAAAGGGGUACCCAAGCUAAAUAAGGCCUCAGAAAUCAGAGCAUAGAAAAGGCGGGGCUGGCUAAUUAAAUGAAAGGAUUUCGAACCAAAAUCUUUGCUAAUUCGACAAGGAUUGUAUUCUUUAAUUAUUUCUCUAUUUUUUAUUACUUAAUUUAAGAAUAAAAAAAAUUAUUCUAAUGAAUUUUAUUCUUCUUCUUCGGAUUCAAAAUAGAAGAAUAAAAGAAUAAGUAGAAUAAUUAAGUUAAGUCAAUCCAAAAAGAAAAGGAGGUUCAUGGCCAAGGGAAAAGAUGUUAGAAUCAGAGUUAUUUUGGAAUGCAUCAGUUGUGUUCGAAAAGGUGCCAAUGAGGAAUCGACGGGGAUUUCUAGAUAUAGUACUCAAAAGAAUCGCCACAAUACACCCGGACAAUUAGAAUUCAAAAAUUUUGUCGUUAUUGUCGCAAGCAUACGACUCAUCACGAAAUAAAGAAAUAGGAACAUCGUGUGUUCGAUCUUUCCAAACAACAGAAAGAGUAAGAACUUCAUAUUUAAUAUAUAAAGAAAACAUAGUAUAGAAUACAAAAUACAAAUCAACUCAUCUGAUUUCCGGUAGAUAUUAUUUCAUAUGUAUAGAGGGUAUUCAUAUACUAUAAUAUGAAUCAAAUAAGAUAUGGAUCAAAGAAAAACUACUUCUUCUGGAUCCUAAAUUAAUAAAAUAAAGAAGUGAAUUUUCAAAUUUUCAAAUUUUAAAUAAGGAAUAAAUCAUGUAUACAUCUAAACAACCUUUUCUUAAAUCUAAGCAACCCUUUAGUAAAUCCAAGCAAACUUUUAAUAAAUCCAAGCAACCCUUUCGUAAAUCCAAGCAAACUUUUCGUAAAUUCAAGCAACCUUUUCGUAAAUCUAAACAACCUUUUCGUAGGCGUCCUCGGAUUGGCCCGGGAGAUCGAAUUGAUUAUAGAAACAUGAGUUUAAUUAAUAGAUUUAUUAGUGAACAAGGAAAAAUAUUAUCGAGACGAAUAAAUAGAUUAACCUUGAAACAACAACGAUUAAUUACUCUUGCUAUAAAACAGGCUCGUAUUUUAUCUUUCUUACCGUUUCGUAACUAUGAGAACGAAAAGCAAUUUCAAGCCCAGUCAAUUUCAAUAAUUACAGGUUCUAGACCCAGAAAAAAUAGACAUAUUCCUCAAUUAACGCAAAAGUACAAUUCCAAUCGAAACUUAAGAAACAACAACCAAAAUUUAAGAAACAACAACCGGAACUUAAGUUCCGAUUGUUGAUGUUUUAUUCGAAUUCGAAAGGGCCAGACCUAUAUAUAUUAUAAAGAAAGUAAUCCAGCUCGUUGAUUCCUACCACUUAAUCUUAAUUUAUUGUAUCUUCCCGGAGUUCCCUCUCCGGGAAUUCAUCUUUUUUUAUUCCAGUAUAUUACUUUAUUUAUACUUUUAAUUGAUGAUCUUUAUUUUAUUGGAAAUCGUGUAAAGAUUAUUUGGAUUUGAUACAGCUACUUGUGCAAGCAUUUUACGAUUAAGAAUCAAUUUCUUCUUGUACAGGUUGUGUAUUAAUUUACUAUAACUAUCGAAUACUUUAUAUACCCGCGUUGCUGCGUUUAUCCGAGUGAUCCACAAACGACGAAAAUCCCUCUUUUGCCUACCUCUAUCUCGAUGAGAGGAAACAAAAGCUCUUUUUACCUGUUGGGUAAUCAUUCGAUUAAGUCUUAAAUGAGCCCCUCUAAAGUUUGAGGCAAAUGAACGCAUUUUUGUUCGUCGUCUCCGGGCUAUAUAUCCUCGCGGAACUCUGGUCAUUGAAUCAAAUUAACCUUAAUGAAUAACUAAUGAUUUCUCUUCUUUUAGCCACCCUUUUUCUCAUUAAUAACAAAACUAAUUAUUCCGAUAUAUAAAAUAUUAAUUCCAAUGGCUUUUGCUAUAGUAACCUUCCCAACCACGAUUUUUUAUUCCACUCCGUUCAGUUAUUUCUAUACGAAAUAACAAAUUCAUUCUAAUAAUACUAAAAAAAUAGUGGGUUCCAUCGUUUCUAUGGUUCCCUUUUAAACGGUGAGGCCCUCUCUAUACACCGGAGCCCUUUCUUUCAUCAAAAGGUAUUGCGAACUUGUAUAGUCCACAUUCUUUGGCUCUACCUAUCCAUUAUAGAGUAAAUAGCUCUUUUCACAAUAAGAGUUAUCCAUACAGUGACGGUAUUUAAUUAUGAAAGUUGGCUAAGUAGCUGACCCUGUUAGUCCGUUCUUUUAAGAUAAAGGAGCAUAAGCCUUUUUCUUUUUAUUACUAUUUCCUCCGCUUAAUGGAUAACCAUUUGCUACCAAUGGGAGAAUUGCUUCUUAUUUCCAAUUUAGAUAAUUGGAUUUGCACCAAAGGAAACCAUAAAUUCCAUAUACCAUAGAAAUCUAGGAUAGAGAAGCUAUAUCCUAUUCAUUGGUACUAAUCAUGGAUACUUCAAUUUUUUUUAUAUUUGUUUGAAGUCAUGAUCUGAACGAGUCGCACAUACACCCUAGCACAUGUUCCUCGACGCUGAGGGCAUCCUUUAAGCGCGGCCGUUUUUCGAGCAUUUCGUAUUGGCUGUCUUGCGUUUCUAAUAAGUUGUUUAACCGUCGGCAUGUUGUAUGUAUAUAGAAAAAAAUGGAUUGGUUUAGAUCCAUCUUAACCUGAUGAUUGCUCAUCAUGAAGUCUUUCUAUUUUCUAUUAAAUCGAGGAAAACACGAAUUUAGCUGUGAAAUAACUUUACAAGAAAUCCGGACACUACCAAUCCUUAAACAUUUCUGGAAACCACACUGGAUCAGUAUCGCAGUGCUUGUCAAUCAUUUCAUCCCCUACAAUAUCGACAAGUCCAUAAGCUUUGGCUUCGUCUGCUGACAUAAAAA